UUGAAUUUUAUAGGAACUGAAAAUUACUGGACACAUUUUAAGAAGAGGAGAAACACUGAUUCACCUCCCUGGCAAAGAGUUGGAAAAGAUAAAGCACCAUGGAUCUAACUUAUAUUCCUGAAGACAUAUCCAGUUGUCCAAAAUUUGGAAACAAAUCCUGUCCUCCCACCAGCCGCCCUUUUCAUGUGCGAAUGAUGAUGUACUCCAUUAUGACUGGAGCCAUGGUUAUCACUGUCUUUGGAAACUUGGUGAUAAUGAUUUCCAUCUCGCAUUUCAGACAGCUUCACUCCCCCACAAAUUUCCUGAUACUGUCCACGGCAACCACGGACUUUCUGCUGGGUUUUGUCAUUAUGCCAUACAGCAUGGUGCGAUCAGUGGAGAGCUGCUGGUAUUUUGGGGAUGGCUUUUGUAAAUUCCAUGCAAGCUUUGACAUGAUGCUCAGCUUGACCUCCAUCUUCCACCUCUGUUCCAUUGCUGUUGACCAGUUUUAUGCCGUGUGCUACUCUUUACACUACAUAGCCACAAUGACCACCUCCAUGAUAAAGCGGCUGCUGGCAUUUUGCUGGUCGGUCCCAGCACUUUUUUCUUUCGGUUUGGUUCUGUCUGAGGCCAAUGUUUCUGGUAUGCAGAGCUAUGAGAUCCUCGUUGCUUGUUUCCACUUCUGUGCACUUACUUUUAACAAGCUUUGGGGGACGAUACUAUUCACUACAUGCUUCUUUACUCCUGGCUCCAUCAUGGUUGGCAUUUAUGGCAAGAUUUUCAUCAUUUCCAAACAACAUGCUCGAGUUAUGAGCAACAUGCCUAAGAACACACAGGGGGAAAUGAAACCACAUCUGUCUAAGAAAAAGGACAGGAAGGCAGCUAAGACCCUGGGUAUAGUGAUGGGGGUGUUUCUAGCUUGCUGGCUGCCUUGUUUCCUUGCUGUUUGGAUUGACCCAUACUUGGACUACUCUACUCCCAUACUGAUCCUUGAUCUUUUGGUGUGGCUGGGGUACUUCAACUCCACCUGCAACCCCCUCAUUCAUGGAUUUUUUUAUCCCUGGUUCCGGAAUGCUCUCAGGUUCAUAGUGUCAGGAAAAAUAUUUAGCUCUCAUUCAGAAACUGCAAAUCUGUUUCCUGAAACACACUGAUUUAGGAAAAAAACAAUAAAAAGUGAGUAGAAUAUUGAAAAUAAGGUUAUCAUUAUUUUACUCAGAAGCACAUAUAUUACAUCCCCAAAUAACUGCAAAUAUUAUUUUAUUGAAUUUCAGUAAUCUAGAUACAUUUUCUGGAAACUGCACAAGAGCUAUGUUCAGUAUCUUCGAUCAGCCAAUCAAUCAAUCAGUCAGUCAUUAAUUAUCAACACUCACCUCGGACUUGUAAGAAAAAUGUCCAAAAGAUAUAUAUACUAUAGUGGAAAAUAGGUUGCCUUUGACUAAUUCACAUGAAAUCAUUAAAGACCAACAUAAGAUUAAAACCUUAAAUUGCUAAUCAUUUUGGUUCCUCUCUGAUUCCAUUCUAGAAUCCACAAAAGGGAAGAUCAUUAUGACCUGUGAGCCCACAAAGGGAUCCAUAGAGUGUGAGUUAAGACUUUCUUUAUUAUCAGCUAGCAGCCCACCUUAUCAUUCAGCUUGGAAGAAUUAUCCACAAUCAUUAUGUAAAUUAUUCAGUUAUUUCUGACACCCUGAAGCUCACUAGAA